AAAAUACCUAUAAUCCCACAUAUAAGGCCCAACAUAAACAUUUUCUCAAUUUGUUUCCUUUUUUAUUCGUUUUUCGUUUUUCUAAUUAAACCCCUUUUUAUCUUUUUUUUUUCCCCCUUUUUUUCUUAAGAUUUGUAAGGUAUAUAAGGAAAAGACAGGAGAUUUAUUGAAAUCUGAAGAUGUUAGAGCAGUUGCUGAUAUUUACCAGGGGAGGGUUAAUCCUCUGGACAUGUAAAGAGCUUGGAAAUGCUCUUAAAGGGUCACCAAUUGACACCUUGAUCCGGUCCUGUCUUUUGGAGGAACGCUCUGGUGCAUCAUCAUAUAACUAUGAUGCUCCAGGUGCUUCUUAUACCCUCAAGUGGACCUUCCAUAAUGAGCUUGGCCUUGUAUUCGUUGCUGUGUAUCAGCGUAUUCUCCAUCUUUUAUAUGUGGACGAUCUUCUUGCACUGCUGAGGCGUGAGUUUUCAGAGAUUUAUGACCCAAAAAGGACGGUCUAUAAUGAUUUUGAUGAAACUUUUAGGCAGCUUAGGAGGGAGGCAGAAGCGAGGGCUGAGGAGUUCAAGAAAUCAAAGCAGAUGGUUAAACCUGUCAACAACAUUAAGAAGCAAGGGCAGGUGCUGAAAGCUGGUUUUAAUAAAGGAAGUAAGAAUGGUGACGGUGGCUUGGCUUCUGAUGGCGGGGAUGGUGAUAAAGUGAAAGAUCGGACAUUGGAGAAUGGACACUCCAUUGGUAAUCAUGUUGAGAUUGAAGAACCUAUGGUGGUAGGUGUUGUUACUGGUAAAGAAAAUAAUAUUAGUGCUUUUGAUGUAAGUAAACUUCAGAAAAGAACUAAAGGUGUAAAGAAAACUGAUGCUGUUGUUAACAGGGGUUCCAAGCUGGACCCUAAAAAAAAGGUUACGAAGAAGAAUAGAGUUUGGGAUGAUGCACCUUCAGAGACAAAAUUGGACUUUACUGAUCCAGUGGAUGGAAAUGGAAAUGAGAAUAUAGACGUUGUCGCAGCAGAUCAAGGUGAAAGUAUGAUGGACAUAGAAGAGAUUAUCAGCAGUGACAGUGAAGGUGAAGAAGAUGACAAUGUGCAGAAGGAUAGCAAGCCUGAAGCUAAGAAAAAGGGUUGGUUUUCCUCUAUGUUCCAGAGUAUUGCAGGAAAGGCAAAUUUGGAGAAGGAAGACUUGGAACCAGCUUUGAAGGCUCUUAAGGAUAGGCUUAUGACCAAGAAUGUGGCUGAGGAGAUAGCUGAGAAGCUUUGUGAAUCAAUAGCUGCAAGUCUUGAAGGGAAAAAGCUGGCCUCAUUCACAAGGAUCUCUUCAACAGUGCAGGCUGCAAUGGAAGAAGCUCUUGUUCGUAUUUUAACUCCUAGGCGCUCUAUUGACAUACUGAGGGAUGUGCAUGCUGCCAAGGAACAGAGGAAACCAUAUGUUGUUGUAUUUGUUGGUGUUAAUGGAGUUGGGAAAUCAACAAAUCUAGCCAAGGUCGCUUACUGGCUUCUGCAGCACAAUGUUAGUGUUAUGAUGGCUGCCUGUGAUACAUUUCGGUCUGGAGCUGUUGAGCAGUUGCGAACUCAUGCGCGUAGACUCCAGAUUCCUAUAUUUGAGAAAGGGUAUGAGAAAGAUCCUGCAAUUGUAGCAAAGGAAGCAAUUCAGGAGGCUACUCGUAAUGGUUCAGAUGUUGUUCUUGUUGAUACAGCUGGUCGGAUGCAGGAUAAUGAGCCGUUAAUGAGAGCCCUUUCGAAGCUUAUAUACCUCAACAAUCCAGAUCUUGUCUUAUUUGUUGGAGAGGCACUAGUUGGGAAUGAUGCUGUUGAUCAGUUAUCAAAAUUCAAUCAGAAAUUGGCUGACCUCUCUACUUCUCCUACUCCCAGAUUGAUAGAUGGGAUUCUGCUCACCAAAUUCGACACUAUUGAUGAUAAGGUUGGGGCAGCUUUGUCGAUGGUCUACGUAUCAGGGGCACCGGUCACGUUUGUUGGCUGUGGCCAGUCAUAUACCGACCUGAAGAAACUUAACGUCAAAUCAAUAGUGAAGACACUGCUGAAAUGA